ACUUUUGCCCGUUGGAGGGCUAGUGAAAGAGGGGCGCUCCCUCCGAGCCCAAGUCCACACCUCGCCCCCGCCGCCGCCGACGCCGACGACGCCGCCGCCGCUCCGCCGCCGCAAAUGGCUUCGCUUCUCCACCUCCCCGCCGACGACUCCGUCCUCCUCGUCGUCACCCAUUCCAACAUCAAGAGCUUCUCGCCCGAGAUCCGCUUCUCGCUCCAAAUGAGCGUGGAGGCGGUGAAGGAGAAGCUGUGGAGGAAGUGCGGGACCGCCGUGGAAUCCAUGCUCCUCGAGCUCCACGACGACGCAGGAUCCAAAAUCGCCGACCUGAGCGAUAAUCUGAGGCCGCUAGGGUUCUACUCCCCGCAGGAUCGGUACCGGCUGCAUAUUAUAGAUCUGGAUCCUUCAUCUGUGACCUCUGGCGGCUGGUUAGAAGACACAUCACUCGUCGAAAAAUAUACAAUAUCAGAGGAAGCAUACAGUAAACUUGAUUCAAAUUUCCGGAAAUUUAAGGAGAAGAUGAUUUCUCAGAAUCCUACCCAUGACAAAAAGCUGGCAGACAACUACAUGGAAGAGUUGUGUGCCAAUAUCAAGGUGGGUGAUAGAUGUGAAGUUGAACCAGGUGCAAAGAGGGGAGUUGUCAAGUUUGUUGGAAAAGCAGAGGCACUAGGACCUGGAUUUUGGGUUGGUAUUCAGUACGACGAGCCUCUGGGAAAGCAUGAUGGCAUGGUGAAAGGUAUUCGCUUUUUUGAAUGCCCACCGGGACAUGGCGCUGUCGUUAGGCCCGACAAAGUCAAGGUUGGGGACUUUCCUGAGAGAGACCCAUUUGAAGAGGAAGAAGAGAUAUAACAAAUAUUGAAGUGUACAUAAGAUAAUUUUCUUCUUGCUGACAUUAAUGCAAAUUUCUGUGCUUUGUUUUGCAUUUACGAUCCUUUUUCUGAUUCGAAUUGUACUUCCAUUUUGUUGUAACCAAAUAUGAUCGACUUGCGCUGGAUUCGAAGAACUGCUUUGUAAUUUUAAACUAUUUAUCGGUUCUUGUUUUGAAUCUUAUGUAGUCACAUUUAAACUGGUCAUAGUUCAGAUACGUUUCAUAA